CUGGGGUCCUUAGCACACGGGUUUGUUUACAACCACGUCACCCGGAAAUGCAUCCCGGAGUGUCAAAAUGCAAGGACAGGAUUCCCAAGAUGCUCUCCUUUUCGGUGAGGAGGACGAUAACAUCGGUCAAACAAAGUCCAAACUAAGGCACCCACUGGCCUCAUUCUUCCACCUCUUCUUCCGAGCAAGUGCCAUCGUGGUGUACCUCCUGUGUGACAUCCUCAGUGGUCGUUUCAUCGCCUGUAUGGUCACCAUCAUCCUCCUGCUGUCCUGUGACUUCUGGACUGUCAAGAAUGUAUCUGGCAGACUGUUAGUGGGUCUUCGGUGGUGGAAUCAGGUGGAUGAAAAUGGAAACAGCCACUGGGUAUUUGAGUCAAAGAAGACACAAAGUGUAAACGCAACAUCCAGUGCGGAGUCCCGGAUCUUUUGGCUCGGACUCAUCGUGUGCCCCAUCUUCUGGCUCAUUUUUGUUUUCAGCACCAUCUUCUCUUUCAAGCUCAAAUGGCUGGCUGUAGUGAUGAUGGGCUUGGUUUUGCAAUGGGCCAACCUCUAUGGAUAUGUCAGGUGCAAGGUGGGCGGGAAGUCCAAUCUGGGAAACAUGGCAAAGAACUAUCUGAGUGCCCAGGUUUUUAAACAGGCAAUGACAAAAACAGAGGAACCUUGAAGUUGAUGGAGUUCAUUAUAUUUCAUAGAUUUUUUUUUGGGAGCAGGCGGCUCUUUUCUGAGGGGAUAUUGGUGUUUGAAAUUCAUUUACAUCUCUGGUUUAAUUGGUUUUGUGCGUGUUGAUUCCUGCUUAUUUCUUGUCAAAUGAUUAAAGAAGUAAUUUCAAAUUGUUCAAAUAAAUCAAUUUAAAUUCAGUGUAGUUGGAUUUUAGAAUAUAUUUCACCUUUUGGCAGUGACCAAGCACUUAUUGGUAAGUGGAGAGUGUCGCUGUAAAUACAGUUAUAGUGGUCGAUAAGCUUUAAUUUGUUUUCAAGGAGGGGGAUUCGGGUGAAAUACAGUGCCUUGAAUAAGGGAAGAAUUUCUCUAAAAUUGACAAAUCAAAUCUAUCUAGCUGACGUUUAAAGGACACUUUGCGACCUGCACUAAGCAUCUAUAUGUACUUUUAUAAUUAGGUAAUGGGAAAUCAUUUGUUGGGUGGAUACAUUUGGCCCCAUAAAUUGUAUGCCUACUUUACAAUCCUGGACUGUGGACUUUACAUUUUACACAAGUUCAUGAAUGUUGUUUGAAUCAAACUUCUUUUGGUUGAUGAAAAUGAUGUGUAUAGGUAAGGGAGAGGUGCUAAUUAAUCAGGCUUACGAUGUUGGAGAUCAGAUCUACAUGAAGGUCAUUUUUGGCCGGUUACCUCCAACUCUUUGGAAUUGUAUUCUAUGAAUAAAAAAGAAAACAGUGAAUUA